AUCUGCCGAAGAACCCUACCACCCAACGUUCUAGAACUUCCCCUCUUUCCCCGCAUGGACGGCCUCGUGGCGCCGUCGCCAUCCCACUCCGGCGCCACCUCCGGCGGCGGGGCCUCCCACCGCAAGCGGAAGCUCCCGCCGUCGUCGCUCUCCGACGCCACCGGCGACGAGGACGACGACACCACCGCUCCGUCAUCCCCCUCCACGGCCCCAUCCUCGCCCUCUCGCCCGUCAUCUCCAUCUUCUUCGCACUCCGACGAUGACGACGACGACUCGCUCCACACGUUCAAUGCCGCGCGCCUCGACGGCGCGCCGAGUGGGGGCUCUGCGUCCGGCCGUCCUCCUAAGCCGGAUUCCUCAUCAGUGUCUGCUGCUGCGGCGGCAGCCGCGGCUGCGGUGGGUGGAGGACCUAAGCCGGAGCCCGGCUCGGCGAACGCCGGCGACGGGAAGGAGGACACAAAGGGGCUGUUCACGGACAACCUCCAGACCAGCGGCGCGUACAGCGCCCGUGAGGAGGGCCUCAAGCGCGAGGAAGAUUCAGGAAGGCUGAAGUUUCUCUGUUAUUCUAAUGACGGCGUUGAUGAACACAUGAUAUGGUUGGUAGGGUUGAAGAAUAUCUUCGCCCGACAGCUUCCUAAUAUGCCCAAAGAAUAUAUUGUACGCCUUGUCAUGGAUAGAACUCACAAGUCAAUGAUGGUUAUCAGGAACAAUAUUGUCGUGGGGGGCAUUACUUAUCGCCCUUAUGCAAGCCAGAGAUUUGGAGAAAUAGCGUUUUGUGCUAUCACAGCUGAUGAGCAAGUUAAAGGCUAUGGAACAAGAUUAAUGAAUCAUUUGAAACAACAUGCACGGGAUGCUGAUGGGCUCACACAUUUCUUAACCUAUGCUGAUAACAAUGCUGUUGGCUAUUUUGUAAAGCAGGGUUUCACAAAGGAGAUCACAUUGGACAAAGAAAGAUGGCAAGGGUACAUUAAAGAUUAUGACGGAGGAAUAUUGAUGGAGUGUAAAAUUGACCCAAAGCUGCCAUAUGUUGAUGUGGCAACAAUGAUUCGACGUCAAAGGCAGGCCAUUGAUGAGAAGAUCAGAGAGCUUUCUAACUGCCAUAUUGUUUAUUCAGGAAUUGAUUUUCAAAAGAAAGAAGCUGGCAUUCCAAGAAGACUGAUAAAGCCAGAAGAUAUCCCUGGUCUCAGGGAAGCUGGGUGGACGCCUGAUCAAUUGGGGCAUUCUAAAUCACGAUCAUCAUUCUCCCCGGACUAUAAUACUUACAGGCAACAGCUUACUACCCUUAUGCAGACAGCGCUGAAGAAUCUGAAUGAACAUCCUGAUGCUUGGCCAUUCAAAGAGCCUGUGGAUUCACGGGAUGUUCCAGACUAUUAUGAUAUCAUCAAAGAUCCUAUUGAUUUAAGAACAAUGUUAAGAAGAGUCGACUCGGAACAAUAUUAUGUGACCCUAGAGAUGUUUGUAGCCGACAUGAAGAGAAUGUUCAGCAAUGCAAGAACUUACAAUUCUCCAGAUACUAUCUAUUACAAAUGUGCGACACGGCUUGAAAACUUCUUCUCGGGCAGAAUUACUGUACUGCUUGCACAACUCUCAACCAAGAGCUAGGCUGGCGUGGGCUCACUGGACUGGGCACUACUGUCGCAUGUUGUAAAAUUAUUAUUGGCUCACUGGACUGGACACUACUGUCGCAUGUUGUAAAAUUAUUAAGUUGUAUUGAUAUAGUUGUCACCUUGCUGAAUGUUCGGCACGGUGAUGAACUUUUAGUUUAGCAUUAUUUUAACCAGGAGGGACACUGAUUGAUCUUUACAUUUCGGUCUCAACCUGGCCGGCCUAAUAAUAUAGAUUGAGGAGAUUCUUCAGUUUCUA